AUGGCCCGCAAGAGCAAGCGGGGUGAGUACCGACGGCCUGUAAUCAAAGACGGAGUGGAUGAGCAAGGAAACCGCCCUCGAGCGCCUUUUCAGGCUGCCUGUUGGGAUUUGGGACACUGUGAUCCGAAGAAGUGUUCUGGGAAAAGGCUGAUGCAGCUUGGGUAUAUGCGAGACUUGGGCAUUGGACACAAGUUUCCUGGGGUUGUGAUAUCGCCGAAUGCGAAACAGACCCUGUCUCCCGCUGACAGGCCGUUGCUGGAACAGUAUGGUGCAGCAGUGGUGGAGUGUUCGUGGGUGCGGGUGAGCGAAGUGCCCUGGUCGAGAAUUGGUGGAAAGACGGAAAGAUUAUUGCCCUACCUUGUGGCGGCGAACACGGUGAACUACGGCAAGCCAUGGCGACUCAACUGUGUGGAGGCGCUGGCUGCCACUUUUAUGAUAUGCGGUCAUGAAGACUGGGCUGAAGAGGUACUACAGCACUUCCGAUACGGCAAACCAUUUCUAGAGAUCAACUCGCAGCUAUUCAAACGAUACGCUGCGUGCGAGACAGAAGCGGACAUCAAGGCGGCCGAGGAGAAGUGGCUGGCAAAGAUCGAGAAGGAGUACGCGGAGAGCCGAGAGGAGAAGGGAGUGGACGACAUGUGGACUACAGGGAAUACAAACAGGAAUGCCUUCCUCUCGGACUCCGAAGACGAAGACGAGGGUGAUGGUGACGGCGAAGAGGGCGAGGACGAUGACCUGCCACAAAACGCUCUACAAAGAGACAAUCCGUUCCCAGAGUCUGAGGAGGAAGACAAUGACGACGAAGAAGAGAUGGCAGAGAUCCGCCGAAAGAUCCUGAUGUCCAAACCUUUUGCUGCUGCAGACCCUGAGUCGGAGGGCAACGCUGAGGUAGUUCGACGGAUAUCAACACCAGCAAAACCCACUGCCACUCAAGACGCCUACAACGACAGUGAAAGCGACGACGGAAACGAAAGUGACGCCGCCUUCGACCGCAUCAUCAACGCGACCACCUCGACUGACCGUACCGGCAUCAAAGCCAUACAACGAGAGAAGCAACGACGAGCAAGGUCCUGA